AUGACGUCCCCUCACGUGCUUAUAAUUGGUGCUGGUAUGAGCGGCCUCACGCUCGCGCAACAAUUGAAGAAAAAUAAGAUCUCCUUCACCGUUUUUGAGCGAGAUGUGAGGAAUGACUCUCGUGGUCAAGGCUGGGCGCUAUCCUUAUUUGGAGAAGCUUAUGACUUGAUGAAGACUUUGAUGCCAUCGGAAUUAGGACCGGUGGAGCAGACAAGCCAUCUUCAUCCUCUCGAUCUCCAACCACAGUUCUCUUUCUAUGAUAUUACUCGUCCAGAGUUCCGGGUCGGUGUCAUCGCGGAUGACACUCUUAAGGUUGUCCGAGCAAAUCGACGAAGAAUGCGCGAAUGGCUGAUGCAAGGUAUCGACGUACGGUUCAAUAAGCGCUUACUUCGCGUGGAGGAACACGGCGAUAAAGUAACAGCACACUUUGAGGACGGCACUUCGGCAACAGGUGAUUUUUUGGUCGGUGCUGAGGGUACACGUAGUGUGGUGCGCAGGCAGCACUUCCUCAAAGGCCAAGAUGUGAUGAAACCACUACCGAUCGGCUCAAUCUUCGGCGAGAUCUCACUCAGCGGCGACGACUUCUCGGAACAGCUCACUAACUCACAUUCGAACUAUAUCGUCAUGGACCCUAGACUCAGUGGUGAUGAGCAGACAGCUAUAUUUUGCGCCCUCAACCGAGUAAGUCCUGAUGGCAAAACUGGCUAUUAUUACUAUAUUCUUCUUUGGGUAGACAAGGACACUCCUAAAGUAGGCGAGAAGAAAUGGACAGAGUCGGCAUCACAGGAACAAUUGGCAGCAUUUGCGCGCGAGAGAACCAAUCAUUACCCAUACAAGCUGCGCUCUCUGGUCGAUAAAAUUCCCACUGAAGGAUACAAUACUCCUGGCUUCCAGCUUCAAAGUGUGGAGUUAGAACCUGAACAACUACCACCUGGAAGGGUGUUGUUAAUUGGUGAUGCAGCACAUUCGAUGGCCCCAUCAUUGGAUGCGUUGUUCUAUAAACUGACUUUAAGGGUCAAAGUCCGUGCUCUAGCCGCAAACACAGCUUUUGUUGAUGCAUUCAGGCUCAGCGAUGUCCUCACGCGCGCGCGGGAUACGCAAGCGUCAGGCGAAGCGCUGAAUGAUCUUAUUUCGGAAUUCAACGAAGAUAUGAUUUCACGCGGCAAGUUCGCAUCUAGCGUGUCCAACACAGUACUUGAGGCCUAUGGCGAAGAGGCUAAAUUCAUUACAUUCGGUAGAGAAGCCGGAUUGAUGCCUUCGAAGACUGUGAAACUGGAAGAUGUAAAGAUUUUAAGUUAG